AUGCGAAGAACAGUAGAUCAGUGUCCAGCCGAUAUCAUUCUACCACCAUCAAAACACCCCUUGACCGAUCUCGAGUGGGCCGACGAUGUUGUUAUAUUCGCGGAAAGCAGUACGAAACUUCAACAUGUUGUCAACCUUGUAUCGGAGCUGGCUGCAGCCUAUGGACUACGUCUACGCCCUGAUAAAUGCAAACAGAUGUGGAUCUCUUCGAGACCACGAACGGGAAUCAGGGUGGACGGACAACCGAUAGAACUCGUCGAUGAGUUCUGUUACCUGGGCUGCAUGCUGAAGAACAACGGCAGCUACGAGAGAGAUGUUCAGCAAAGAUGCGCUAAGGCCACUUCUGCAUUUAACUCCCUAACGAAAUACCUGUGGUCGACCCCAGUCACCAACGACGUCAAGCUGCGAGUCUACCUAUCCGCAAUUCGCCCCAUUAUGAUGUACGAAUCGGAGACUAUGGCAGCACCAUCAACGGUUAUGGAGAGGCUUGACUGCACGGAACGAAAGCUGAUUAGACUACUUGGCUCCUUUUGGCCUAGGGUAUGCCACAAUGAAGAUCUUUACGCAGAAAUUGAUGUGGUUUACCGGCGGAUGACACGUGGAAGAUAUCAACAUCUUGCACCGCCUUCGAAAGCGGCUAAAGUAAAUCGUCUUCGCUUCUUUGGUCAUAUAUCAAGGAGACCGGCAGAUCGCCUUGUCCAACGAGUUCUGAAGAGUUCGUCGGGUUCGAGCUGGAAGAAGCCACCUGGCCGAAAACGGAAUUUCUGGACUGAGGUGGUAAAAGAGGACUUGAGGACACUCGGCGUGGAUAGGCAGUUCAGGCGAGACGUAAGGUUUUAG